ACCCUCCGUUUUAAAAUAUGUACCGAGAGUAAACCUGUCGGAUGAGUAGGAAGACAACAUGCACGAUGUACACGUGGUUACAUUUCCAGAUGAGCUUCUCGGAUCACGUAGCACAAAAUAAAACCAUAGACCAUACUCCACUAUUCUGUAGCGACACGGACAUUAACAUAUGCCUUUUAAAAGUCAAUCUGCACUGUAAUAGAUUAACCUCCAUGGUUCUAACAGAGACAGCUAGUGGACUAAUUAGAUGUCUCACUCCAGUGUUGGCUGAGAUGUACACAAUAUGAUCAUUGACUUGGGAUUUACGUUACCUAAUGAGUUUGGAGGAUUCAACGGGGAUGGAUGAUGUGCGCAUGUUUCUCGGAUAAUCCCAAUGUAGCCUACCUGAGAGAAGGGCUGCAGAGAAUGCAUCAUAGUUUGACCAGUGAGUCUUUAGUAGGCCUUUAUUUUAUAUUGUAUUCUGUAUAUUAUUGCAAAAAUAAAGCUGACUCCAUAACAUGUAUCCUAUGUGUGGAUUCACACCGUUUGAUGACAGUAAAGCAUUCUACCUGUUGUUAUUUAGCCAAAGCAUCCAUAGUGUUCCACCUUUAACAUUAGCGUCCCAUAAUCUGACAGGUCACAUAUUUUACCUCACCAACUGUCAGAUGAAAGCAGUUUAAAAAUGCAGUUAUCUUGAGAAACACUGUGCUCUUAUUUUGAAAUUAAGGCAAAAUGAGCCGAGAGUUGAAACCAUGAUCAGCAUUCAUAUUAUUGGCUUAGUGAUGAUCAUGUGAUUGCAGUGACGGAGUUAGGAAACAGCCCAGCAUGCACUGGGGCAAUACGUCACACUUUAUUAUGUUUUCCUGCAUUAUUACUGGUGUCAUCGUGUGCACACGUACUGUUCAACAGUUAAAUAUUACCAGUGGUUACAUAGCACAUGCGAUUUUAGGUGUUGUUAAUUGCGUUAACACAAUUGAGUUAUGCAGUUAAUAUGUGGAUUUAGUAAUGUAGUGCCCAAAAGGUCGACAUAUAAGUGGAGGAACAUUUCCAAAUAACACGAACUUUGUCUGAUAGAGUUCACGUGCUGAUGAAUGUCCAAAGGUUAGUCACCAAGAGGUGACAUUUGGUAAUGACAUACGCAGAUACACUACAAACUAUUUUAAGAGUAUUUUUUAAAACAUUAACACAUUCUGCUCUGCUAUAGUAUUGUAGAAUUUCUUAAAUUUCGCAGCCACAUUUUCGAGCUAAAAGUAGAUCAUGAAAUACGCAGCUGGUGUUGUUAUGGCUGGAAGUGGGAGGAGCCACGUAAUUAUAAGAGCAGAUCUACAAACGCUGUGUAUAGACCCCCGCUAACUACGCAGCCGUGGAGUCGACAUGUUCAGGGGCGUAUUGUUAUUUAUAUUAUUAUAGCUGCAGGGUCGGCCGUGCCGUCGGGUUGUUCGUAUGGCCGGAGCUUGCUGCAAGUGUCCAGUCUCGCUGUCCGUGUUCAAGCGCUCUCUCGCGGUUGCACCGCGGGGCGGCGGGUCGGCUCCUCGGUCCCACCUGCUGGGCUGGAGGGUAGGGGAGCGGGGCCUGCAGGAGGUCGCCCGGCCCUCCAGCGCCCUCCGACCCGCAGGCUUUUACCGGCACACGGGCUUCCUCUGUCUCUCCUACCAGGAGUCCAUGAGCGAGAGUCUGCGGACAUGCUAUCUGUACCUGAACCAGACUAGCCGGAGUUUUGCAGCUGUGAUUCAGGCGCUGGACGGAGAGUUGAGACAUGCGGUCUGUAUUUUCUACCUGGUGCUGCGGGCGCUGGACACGGUGGAGGACGACAUGACGAUCCCUCUGGACAAGAAGGUUCCCAUGCUGAAUGACUUCCACACCUUCCUGUACCAGAAGGAGUGGCGCUUCACCGAGAGCCAGGAGAAAGACCGGCAGGUUCUGGCUGAUUUCCCCACGAUAUCAGUGGAGUUCAGAAACCUCGCUCAGGAAUACAGAGACGUCAUCUCCGAUAUCUGCCACCGUAUGGGAGUCGGAAUGGCCGAAUUCCUUGAAAAGAAAGUGGGCUCCAUGAAGGAGUGGGACCUGUAUUGCCAUUUCGUGGCGGGGCUGGUCGGCAUCGGGCUGUCUCAGCUGUUCUCUGCGUCCCAGCUGGAAGACCCCGAGGUGGGGCGCGACACCGAGCUGGCCAACUCCAUGGGCAUCUUCCUCCAGAAGACGAACAUCAUCCGAGACUACUUCGAGGACACGCAAGUGGGACGCGCCUUCUGGCCAGAAGAGGCCUGGAGUCAGUUUGCAGGUCGUCUGGAGGACUUGGCCGAGCCGGAGAAGCUGCAGUUGGCUCUGUCCUGUCUCAACCUGCUGGUCACUGAUGCUCUGCGACACGUCCCGGACGUCAUCGCCUACCUGUCCCGCCUGCGCAACCAGAGCAUCUUCAAUUUCUGUGCCAUUCCGCAGGUGAUGGCGAUAGCUACACUGUCGUCGUGCUACAACAACCCCAUGUUGUUCCAGGGGGUGGUGAAGAUAAGGAAGGGACAGGCUGUCACGCUCAUGAUGGAAGCCACCAGCAUGAGCGCCGUGCAGACCAUCAUCUCCCAGUACAGCCAGGAGAUCUUCCAGAAGGUCUCUCAGACGGAUCCGUCGCGGGAUAAGACCCUGCACAUCCUGGCUCUAAUCAAAGAGAAGUCCACCCUGUCGCAGUCCAGCCUCCCCUCCAGGACCCACCACCUGUCGCUCAUGUACCUGUCUGCCGCCAUGCUGCUCGCCGCUCUCAGCUGGCAGUACCUCAGCACCACCACAGCACAGCCACAGGGCACGGGCGACAUGCAGGGGUAGUGACCCCCGUUGGCCCUCACCUUUCCUGGGGCCCACAGACUCAGAAGGCCUCGUGGCCCACUCUGGAGGUCUGGUUCGCCUCUGACUGAAUUUCUUCUUCCACUUUUUCCCUCUUCAUUACGGCCGUCACAGAAACAUGGACGUAUUUAUUUGCAGGGCUGCACAAUAUGAGGGAAAUAUGUGAUAACGUUGUGUAUCGUAAAGAAGAUAUUACUUGCGAUAAAACAACAGAUAUCAAAGUUACUCAGUUUAGCGGCUCCGCUGCUUUCCAAAUAAGGGGAAAUUAUUAAUAAAUAAAAAAAUGUAUUUUACAAAUUAACACUGAACUGUCGAGUUCUCUCUUUCAACUAGCUCAAAACAAUCCAAUGAUGCAAUAUCAGUCUUUUUAGAUAUAAUAUUGUGCAGCCUUACGAAGGAGGUGUUCUGGGGGCAGCAGGUACAUCCUACUAGUCCAUCCUGCAUCGGCGUAAAUAAUUUACACAGUGAUCUGUGGUUAUUUUCACCAGCAUAAAUAGCACAUGGAAACAAUUCAGGGCGUUUUGUUUGCUGUUUGCUGUUUAUGUUGAUUGUGUGUUGUUUUUUUGUUACGUUUUGCCCCUUUUGAGUAAAAUUAUACAUGUUUGACCAUUUCAAGACACGUGGGGAAAUGGACAGUACAUGACCGUUUUAGGAUUUAUUUUGGGGAACACGAUCAGCAAAUUUAGAUUUUGUUUGAAUUGUUUAAUGUUUAUUCUUUCUGUUUCCUCUCGAUGUCCUUUUUGAAAUGGGAGAAAAGAACAAUGCAAUUCCAAAGUAGUUUUGACAUGAACUGUUUGAAUGAGAGCGAAUGUCAUUUCGGGUACAUUUGAUGUCUGAAAUAAAUGCAUAUUGAGAUGGCUAGUUAAAGUGACCUUAAUGAACGCAGCUUUGGUGAGUGGAACGGCUCGCACACGGUAACCUUCUACUGAACCUCAGGAGAGCUACACACAUUGCUAUGUAAUGUGUCAUUUUGAUUUGUACAUAUUUUAACAAAUAAAGAGGUGAAAGUA